GAAACUGGAAGUAGCAGUAGCGAGCAGUAGCAUUUUUCAAUAUUUUGCAUAACAAUUUUCGAUUUGAUUGAUUUGUGUUUUUAUUCGAGUACACGUAAGUAUAGAGAGUAUCGCAUCGCAUUAUUUUAACGAAGAGCAGAGAUGUUUCGCGCGAGAAAUUAACGUACGUAUUGGAUAAUGUGAUCUCUAUUUUGUAAAUCAUACUUUUUUCCACGGCCAACAUGACCAAAGAAUUUACGAAACAUAGCGACAUAGCUUCGUAAUAUCGGAUAUGAAUUGUAAUUGCUAAUGGCGUGAUUAUGCUCAACGAUUGUACAUGUUAUUUCCUAUGUACAUAAAGAUUUCACAUGUGUCAUUGAGCGACUGUUAUGUCAUAUCGCUUUAAGCUGAUUGUCCUUUUUUCGCCUUAAAAUUGCAGAUCUCUAAUUCGACUUUUGAGAUUGAUUUUUCUUUCCAUGUGCAAAUAUGAGCCACACCAUGUACAUCUGUUUUUUAAAAUCCUUUUUCGAAUGAUUUAAAUUUUCAUUGAGAAGUCGGGGAAAAAUAUGCUUGUUUCAUAAAUAAGUAGCGCUGAUGUCACGUCUUAUUUUAUAUAAAAUCUUCUGAAAUAUCACAAGAUGGGAUAUUACAAUUGUCGAUAAAAGAUCACUUCUGAUUUCCUACUCGUGAUACGUGUUUUUUUCCCAAUACCAAACAUGACGGAGGACAUGUUGGGUGCAGAUAUUUGCAGGGUCUGUCGAUCCGAAGGCCUUGCAGACAGACCUUUGUUUCAUCCUUGCAUUUGCACGGGUAGUAUCAAAUGGAUACAUCAAGAGUGUCUGGUUCAAUGGAUGCGUUACUCGCGUAAAGAGUACUGCGAACUAUGCGGCUAUCGCUUCUCGUUUACACCUAUAUAUAGUCCAGACAUGCCGCGCCGUUUACCGCUAAGAGAUGUUGUAGGUGGUUUAUUUUCAAGUAUUGUCACUGCUGUCAAGUACUGGUUACAUUAUACACUAGUGGCGAUUGCAUGGCUAGGAAUUGUUCCUUUAACCGCGUGCCGCACAUACAGAGCUCUUUUUAGCGGUCCUCUUGAUUUAGUUCGAAUAAUGUCGUUACCGAUGGAUAUGCUCUCCACUGAAAAUAUAUCAUCGGAUGUAUUUCAUGGUUGUUUUGUAGUUACUUGCACUUUAUUUGCGUUUAUCGGUUUAGUAUGGUUACGCGAACAAAUUUUACACGCGGGUGGUCCUGACUGGCUCGAAAGAGACAAUGUGCAGUUGCCCCCGGUCGACAAUCCACCGCAAGCAAACGCACAACAGCCACAGCAACCUCAAGAACAACGUGCCAUGCCGCAAGAAGUUCAAGACAACAAUAAUGUCCCUCCUUUUGUUGAUCCACCUAUUCCGCAAGAGGGAGAGUUACGUAACGAAGAUCAACGUCCUGUGUAUCAAGAAGUGGCAGAAAACUUGGUUAAUAAUCCACGAAUUGGCGAACCCGAAGAUCUAAUGAGAGAUGUACAAGCACCAAUUCCUCCUGCACCACCUCUUCCAAUUAGAGAUGAACUUGGUGCAGACGGCGCACAAGUGAAUGCUGCAGGUGGUGAACGUUGGGCGAGAGGGCACGCGGUACAAGCACAUGUGGUAGGACAAGCACAGGGUGAAGCUGAGGAAGCAAAUUGGAAUCCUAUGGAGUGGGAUAGACCUGCUGAGGAACUAACAUGGGAACGUCUCUUAGGAUUGGAUGGGUCCCUCGUCUUUCUCGAACAUGUCUUCUGGGUUGUAUCCCUAAAUACUUUAUUUAUCAUGGUAUUUGCUUUCUGUCCCUAUCACAUCGGUCAUUCCACGAUAGCGAGUUUAGGAUUGCAGGAACACGCGGCGGCGUCACACUUUGAAGGUUUGGUGACAACGUUGUGUGGUUACUGCGUUAUCGGAGUUUGCCUAGUGGUCCUCCAUACUCUUGCCGCUCUGUUAGGCUUUCAGCGUUCCCAGCGAAUCUUAGGGCUUUGCUACGUUAUCGUCAAAGUUUCUUUACUCUCCGUCGUGGAGAUCGGCGUACUUCCAUUAGUUUGCGGCUGGUGGUUGGAUAUUUGCUCGUUGGCGAUGUUCGACGCCACACUUCGAGAUCGAGAAUCCUCGUUCAGACUCGCUCCUGGCACAUCUAUGUUCAUUCAUUGGCUGGUGGGAAUGAUCUAUAUAUAUUACUUCGCGUCGUUCAUCCUUCUCUUACGCGAAGUUUUGCGACCCGGAGUUCUCUGGUUUCUGCGAAAUCUGAACGAUCCUGAUUUCUCUCCUAUACAAGAAAUGAUACAUCUUCCCAUACUGCGACACGUACGGCGACUAGUCGCGUCCGCGAUCAUAUUUGGCACAGCGAUUUUACUCAUGUUGUGGCUGCCCGUGAAAAUUCUGCGAUGGGCUUGGCCAGGAUUUUUACCCUACACCGUGACUGUACAAAGUGAAGCUCAGGUUAGCGAACUUUCAUUGGAAUUGCUUCUAUUGCAAGUGAUCCUUCCCGCGUUAUUGGAACAAUCGCAUACGCGCACAUGGUUAAAGGCUCUAGUAAGAGCGUGGUGCCGCGUGGUAGCGUGGAUGCUAGAUCUGCAGUCAUACUUGUUGCGUGAUCAGGCGGAUGAUCCGGGAUUAGCAGUCAUCGAGGAACCACAACAUCCGGACUUGGGCGCUGCGCAUCAAGCGUUAUUACAACGGGAGGGACCUACGGGAUUUCAACCUUACACCAGACCACGGUGGUUCCCCGCGCGAUUGGUCGGGCUUUUGUUCUGCGUUUGCGUAUCGCUCGUGAUCGCCAGUCUAGUCGCUAUGACGCUACCCGUAUGGCUUGGACGUAGAGUGAUGGCAUUAUGGAUGGUAGGGGCACCUGCUCCGUCGCCGCCUGUUUUACCACCUGCGGUGACCAGUUCCGACGGUGGUGAUACUGUAGGCCCUCUGUCCGGAAGAGUACACGAAGUGUACACGAUAGCGUGUGGAACAUAUGUGUGUUGGGCCGCGGCGCGAGGCUUAGCCCUGGCCUUCUCCUGGUUGCCUCGUGGCCGCAGAGCCAUCAUAGACCGAAUUAAACACUGGGCGAUCUUGGGCGUCAAGGCCUCGGUGGCAUUCGUACUGCUUGUCGGUGUCAUACCGCUUUUAUUCGGUCUUCUUCUCGAGUUAGUGGUGGUGGUUCCGUUGCGCGUUCCGUUGGAGCAAAAUCCCAUUCUAUUUAUCUGGCAAGAUUGGGCCUUGGGUGUACUGUACACGAAGAUAGCUACUGCUGUGACGAUGAUGGGGCCCGAUUGGCGAAUACGUCUCGCUAUCGAGCGGGCGUACAACGACGGGAUAAGGGAAAUGGAUCUAAAAUUUGUCAUCAAGGAAUUAGCAGCUCCCGUUAUAUGUUGUUUCGGCCUUGCCCUCGCGAUUCCUUAUGCCGUGGCCUACGGAAUAGUUCCACUUUUCGUGACCAAUCUGCAGACCCAGAUCCUCAUUGCCAGACGUUUAUAUCCUUUUCUUCUUUUAGUGAAUCUGGUCUGUGUAGUGAUCUAUUUUCAGAUACGCCAGUUUAAGAAGUUGUACGAGCAUAUUAAGAACGACAAAUAUCUCGUAGGGCAAAGGCUCGUCAACUACGAACAUCGUAACAAAUCGCAACAACAUCAAUCACAGAGGUCGAGCUAACAACAUCAGUAAUAUUAUACAAAACAUGAAUUAUGGUGGAAGAUGAAUUCUAGGAUUAGCUUCGUGUACAUUCUUUAACAACUACUUAUGAUCAAUAAUUUAUAUUAUAGUCAUGAGAUUUUAUUUUUAAUAUUAUAAUUUAUUGAUGUAAAGCGAUACUGAAUAAAUCAAAAAGACUGUUAUCCAGUGUAUCGCUCCUCAUUUUGAUGCUUCGCAGUUUUAAUAUCAUGCGAAUUUCAAUUAUCUUAUAUGAUAAAUUUUAUUAUCUUAAUUUAUAAAUAAUGAGUGCGAUUUGAAUCGCAUUAUUUAUGGUAAGAACACUUAUGGUUAGAAUUAAAAUAAAUGGGUGUUGAGAAAACAACAUACCAUUUCAUUCUUUACUAGAUAGUUACAAAAUUCUGAUAUAGUAGCAUGUCUAUUCUGUAAUUUCUCGGCAAUAAUAUAAAUAUCACUAUCCUUAAUGUGUUAUUAGAUAGAUAACAUAUAACAUGUAAACUGCAUAAAGCAUAUAAUAACGAUAUUAGAGAGUUGGGGAAUUACAGAAUAAGCAUACAGUAUAAAACAACGCUACAAAUGUAAGCCGCCUCUGUACUAAGUGUACAGAAUAUAAUAAAAACUCUCAAGAACUUUUUGGAGCUUGGAUUAACAAAAAAAGAAAUGUAUGAAAGUACAUUGUAGUCAUUGUUAUGUACAAUAGUAAUGUAGGAUAUAACUUCUCGAUCUUAUGUUGUGGAAUUUAUAUUAGUUUGUAAUACACAAACGCACAUAUAUAUAUAUUAAAAGACUAUCCAUGAUUGUAGAAAAAAUUUUUUUGGAUACAUUUCUCAUGAAAUCAAAAAUAUUUUUGUUAUAAGCUUAAACACUUGUGCGAAAAUUAAAGUUUUGUAUAUAUAAGUUACAAUAUUUCUCAUAUUGUUCAUGUGUGAAGAUUAUUCGAAGUAUUUAUAUAUGAAUCGUAUGUAGAUACUCUAUGAAACGAUAUGUAUAUACAUGUCAUAUUUACAAUAAACUAAUAUUUUGUGACAAACUGA